CCCGCAGAAGCUUGCUAUACCGUCGCCUCGUCUCAGCGCCAGACGCGCAGAGAGCGCGUUGAGUAGGGAGGCUGAGUUCGCCGUGCAUGCGUCCGACAUUGCGAUGGAAGUUUGGGGAAUGAACAAAAACAACGCAAAGUAACGCGCUAAUUAUGUUUGGGCGGUGGCGACACAAAAGAACAUGGCGGAGAUACAAAAUAUAUCCAGUAUUUUUAUAAGAAGGCGUAAUCAGUAAAGACGUGUGGACACCAGCAUCCUGCUUCUGACUAGAAUGGCUAAAGGGGACCCCAGGAAGCCAAAGGGCAAGAUGUCCGCUUAUGCGUACUUUGUGCAGAUGUGUCGUGAAGAGCACAAGAUGAAGAGCCCUGGGAUUCCUGUUAACUUUGCUGAAUUCUCCAAAAAGUGCUCUGGGCGAUGGAAGGCGCUGUCAGGGAAAGAGAAAUCCCGGUUUGAAGACAUGGCCAAGCAGGACAAAUUACGGUAUGAUCAGGAGAUGAUGCACUACAUGCCUGGCAAGCGAGGCAAAAAGAAGGACCCCAAUGCACCCAAGAGACCACUGUCUGGCUUCUUCAUCUUUUGCUCGGAGCAUCGUCCCAAAAUCAAGGCCCAGUAUCCUAAUUUGGGUAUUGGAGAAGUAGCCAAGAAACUCGGGGAGAUGUGGAACAGCCUCACAGAUGCCAAUAAACAGCCUUAUCUGAUGAAAGCCAACAAGUUAAAGGAUAAAUACCAACAGGACAUUGCUGAUUACAAGUCAAAGGGCAAAGCUGGAGACAUGGUCAUGGGUAUGAGCAUGGGUACAGGUAUGGGCAUGGGCAUGAUGGGAGUGGCCCCUAAACCAAUGAUGAAGAGCAGCAUGGAUGAAGAGGACGAUGAUGACGAAGACGACGACGACGACGACGAAGAGGAUGAAGAGGAGGACGAUGAAUAGGCUUCAUUUUUUAGUGUUUAAGCUAUUAUCAUUGUUAUUAUAACUAUUAUUAUUAUUGAAUUUUCUAUCUGGUUGGAGCGCGGCGGGAACACACUGGUGGUCUGUGGUGCAACACUUUAUUAUUUUGAAUGGUUAAAUGGUUUGUGAUGUUGCUGAGGAAAGGACAAAUACUGUGAGUGAGAACUUAACAGAUGCAGCUUCCUACCUCCUACCAUUUUUGCACGUUUGUGUGUGUGUGUGUUUGUUUGUGUGUGUGUGUGUGUGUGUGUCACAGUGACAGCCCAGUGUCUUCCUGACCUCCCUUCGCUUCCAUUGAUUAGCUAUAUCAAACCAUUUAAACAAGUGGUAGCACCGCUGCAUAUAAACGCAUUAUGAAUUUUUCUCAUAUCAUUUCAUGCAUUAUGAAUUUUUGUUUUAUUUCAUGGGUAUGUAACUGUAACUGUACGAGUCACUAGAUUUUGAUUUGUUAUUAUUGCUCAGUGUUGUGUGUAUCAAAUUGUCAUUGGUGCCUCCGUGCUGCACCCGUAUUAGGACAAGUCAUGCAGAUCUCGGUCCCCGUUAGACGUUCCCCUUUUGUGAUGACCUACACCCAGUGUUCUCCGGCACUAAGCGUAACCAUUACUUGAGAAACUGUGAAAUGGGUCUUGGGUCCAUGCAAAAGGAUGACUUCUGUUAACACACAGCUGUCCUGAUGCAGGCUGGGAAAUAUUUGGAAAGUGCUCUUUGACACACUAUAUUAACAGUUAGUUCAUGCCCAAGCCCGCUUGGGUUAUGAGCACGGGAUGAUUUUAUUUAGGAGUUUUGUGUUUCUUGUCUAAGUGCAUUUUAAUAUUAACUGUUAACUGCGUUCUCUUGAACUGAAGGUGAGGACAAGUGCAACUGUUGACGAUAAAUCUGUACUUAUAUCUGUAUCUAAGAUUUUCUUUUUAUAUGUUUAGAAUGCUACAUUUGAAAUUAAACAGACUCCAUUUUUUUAUAA